UCAAUCGCCAACUGCGGAGGGCAAAUGUCCGAAAGUAUCGUUUUUGGUGCUAACAAUUGAUAGUUUAAUCUUUCUCGGAGUGCUGUUCACCACGGUCGGAGCAGCAGCCCUGGUCCAUCGCGUGCAGAGAAGAAAUCACGAUGAGGCGAGCACUUCUCGUCCUCCUCACAAUCUGCCUCGCGGUUUGCGCCGCACAAACGCACUUUCCAGCUCCGAUUUUUGACGAGGGAGAAAACUUGAGCAGCCAGAACUGUGGAAACGAAUCAACUCUGAACCAAUGGAUUGCUUAUGUUAAAAAUAUAAGUACCGAACAAUAUUGCGGACCAUUUGUAGCUAUUUCUCAAAGGACCCUUCUUGGACUGGGCAUCUGCGCUUUCAAAAGAAGUGAUACAACUGAUCUACGGGUGUUUCCGAAUAAUUGUAUUUCGCGCGAAACAGAAGAGGAAUGCAUCAGAUAUUCCGUCAGAGUGCUGGAUGUCAUUGACAUUGCCAUAAAUCCGACAGCUGAUUUGAAAUUCAAGAUUUUGGUAACUGAGAGAAUGCCGAGUGUGGUAGCUCCAAUUUGCUUGUUUAACCGUGACAACGUAAUAAACUCGCAACGUCAAAGAGAAACUUAUUCCUACGUUGAAUGGACAACAUUUUGGGAUUUUCCAUCUGACCCAAAACACGUGACGGACCAAAGCAACUGCAACACGGUUCUAAACAGUACUGAACUGGAAAAUUUGAAAACUAAACAAAUUCCCAUCCAGAACAUGCUGUGUGUCGGGGAGAUUCCAUAUGGAUAUAUGAUCAAUUUCUACAAAGGCCGCUAUUUCUUGAGAGGUGUUAAAUAUGCACGAGGUGUUUACAUUGAUAUAUUGCCAUACAUUGGCGAGAUUGCAAGGCACGCAAGAGACAUAUCUGUUCUACGCCCGAUCCCGCAGACGAAACAGCCAAGAGGAUUCAAUGCACCAGACAACCUCAGUUUCCCAAACUGUGGAAGGAAACCGACGUCAACCAGAAGGAAACGCGAAAAUGACGAUUCUUCCGAAGAUAUCCAACCAAUUGGUCAUAUUUUCGGCGGAAACAAAGCUCAUGAGACGCACCCGUGGCAUGCUUACAUUGAGAAUGAGGAAACUGGAGCCGCCUGUGGUGGGACACUGAUCUCACCGACCGUGGUUUUGACUGUCGCCCAUUGCAUUUAUGAAUCAGAAGCAAAGGACUUUACAGUUGUUGUCGGGAUGUAUGAUAAAAGAAAAAGAAGAUCUCCUGGUCUUCAGACAAGAAAGAUUAGCAGUCUGAUCACGCACCCAAAAUAUGACCCUGCAGAAUUCAACAGUAACGUCGGAAUCAUGAUUUUGAACGAAAAAAUUGAAAUAACCAACCAAGUCCGACCGAUUUGCCUGUGGAACGACGAUUCUGACUCUAACUUGGUUCGCGUGGCUGGAACUGAAGCUAUGGCGGUUGGGUUCGGGCUUGUCGACAACCACACACGCACAGAAGAGCUGCAAGAGGCUCGAUUGCUGAUUAGAGGUCACAAAGAGUGCUACUUGUCAAGCAGGAGGUUUUUUGCGAAAUAUUUGGUGCCCGGAGACAAUUUUUGCGCCGGCUACACGAACGGAACGACCGUCUGCAACGGGGACAGCGGAGGCAGCCUUUCCGUGGAAAAAGAUGGCCGUUGGUUCAUCAGGGGCAUUCUCAGCUUUGGAGUAUCGAAAAAAGUUAUGUUUGAGGGAGAACAAAGAUCGUUGUGUCACCCAAAUCACUAUUCCUUAAUCGUUGACGUCGCAAGUUACAUGGACUGGAUCGUGGAAAACACGCCGGAAAUUUCAUUCCGGAAUUAAGCGUGGGUUUUUUAAAAGCGAAAAACAGAUUGUCAAAGGGAUAAAUAGAUAUUAUUUAGAAAACUUUAGAUAGACAGCAUAAUAUACUAUCUUAUCAAAAAUCUUUUGGUUUGUUCAAAUAAAUUGUUUUAAAAGCUUU